AUGGAGAAUAAUGAUAGUACAGCUGAUCAACGAAAAUUGUCAACAUCGUCUUGUACAUGUCAUCGUCCAAGUCCAUACAAUGAACAGCAGCUCUGGUCAUUACAGAAAGCAUUUUUAUAUAGUUUUAAUUUGUUUAUAGAUAAAACAAGUACCAUGUCACAUUGGUCAUAUGGCCUAUCUUCAAUUGGUUCAUCAUUAACACAUGCACAACGUACAAAAAUGAUAAAUUAUGCUAAAUACGACGUGAUGGCGGUAACUUAUCUCAUCAGACCAAUUACUGAACAAUGGUCGUUUACAGGAACAAAAGAAUCAAGCAUUGAAGAAAUGUUUAUUACAUUUCAAUCAACACGACCACCACCAUUACGUCAACCAAAAUCGAAAAAGAAGAAAAAAAUAUUAAUAUUCAAAAAUUAUGAUGAGAUAUAUUUAAAUCAAUUAAUUGAAUCAAAUGAUUUUAGAAAUGAACAAAAUAAUGAUAAUAAUAAUAAUAAUAAUAAAAUUAAUUUAUUACAAGAUCAAACUGAAUCGAUUGAUAUUGAUUAUUUAUCAGUUAUGAAUGAUGAUGAACCAUUACAAGUUAUAGACGAACUCGGACAAGAUGAUGAUGAUCAAGUGAACAGUGUUAACAACCACUCCGUGAUUGUUGACGGGAUGAAUAAUCCAAAUGAACAUCAUCAACAACGAAUCAAGAAAAAACGAUCACUUCAAGCAAAACAAAAAAAGAACCGAAAAAGAAACAACAAAUUAAGAUCACUUCGAUAUAAAUAUUAUUUAACAAGAUCAUAUUAUUAUCGAUUUAAACCAAGAAUCGUUAAAAAAGUUCUUCGAUAUUAUGGUGUACAAUAUCGACAUGCUACUUCAAACUCCAGUAUGAAACACAUAUCUGAUGAUGGAACGAAUAAUAUUAUUGAAUGGACUAAAGUGUUUAUACAAAAAUUCAAAGUUGCAGAUAGUACAUUCUUUGAUAUUAUUGUGUAG